CUCAUGCAGAAGUCUCCGGCUGUUCUCAUUCUGAAACGAAAAGUACCGGAUGUCUUCAGUGAGAUCCCAAUGCGCGCCCUAGACAUCGACUACAAAGGGGAAGAAAAGUUAACAUUGCAAGAAGAAUGUCUUGUACCGGGCUGGCACUUUUUUUAUAAAGGGGACAAGAUAUAUCCAUCGCAUAAAUUCCUUUUACAAAGGAAUGUACGAGUACAGUUCAUGAACAUCGUGAAGAAGAGCGAGUGGUGUGAAACGCUUACAAUCAAAUUCCAAAAAGCUCUGAAUAAUUUGGGCUUCCUAGGAUACUUCGAUAAGACAGCGUGUAUCUGCGUUAGAGAUGGUAUGUAUGGUGCCCCUUUAAUAUGCAAAGGGCGAAUGGUCGCCAUGUUAAUGGCCCCCGACGCACAAUGGACCAACUGCACAGGAUUCAGUAACGUCAUGCACUUAUUAUCCAGUGCAUACCUUAAGAAAUACAUGUCGUGUGUGAGCAGUUUAUUUGAAAUGGAUACUCGUGUAGAUUGGUCGAUGCUACAGAAGUCAGUCUAUGAAGAUAUCAAUAAUGAAGAAUACGAUUACAUUCCAGAAAUGUAUGACAAAAUAUACGGGGACUCCUCGUCGAGCGAAUAGAAAAUGCAAUGCCAUUUAUUUAUCUAUUUAAUAAUAAUAUUAAUUAUAUAAUUAAUUAAUUAAAUUGUCACACCGAAAAAAAGAACUCAUACUAUUAUGAAAGGGUUUUGUGUUCACACUGUUCAUUUAAAUCAAUAAAUAAAUAAAUAAAAAACGAA